GUCGGAGCCCACCACAACGUCCAACUUGGGACUCUGUGCAAAUCCGAUAACCGCCGAACACAGCACAGAAGACGACGGAGGGCGUUAUCCAACCCUCCCCAGUGACGACCACCAGCUCUCUCUCUCACGGCGGAGCCGCCACGUGUCGUCCGAACCUUCCACUGACAUCAGAUAGCCCCAUCCAUCCACCUCCCCCUUCCACUUCCGUCCUCUGCUGCCGUUUUAUUCGGACGCCAACUCCCACUUGUCUGCCACUUGCACGCCUUAGACACAGCAAAAUCCUUCAUCUUCUCGGAACCCUAACCCUAGGCCACGAGUGUCCGCAGGUAUAGCAGACGUUAAUUGAAGAGAGCUCUGGGAUUGGGAUUCGACAUGGAUCACGCAGCCGAAGCUUACCAGACCGAUUUGAUGACUCUCAGUCGUUACGUCCUCAAUGAGCAGUCCAAGCAUCCGGAGUCGCGCGGAGACUUCACAAUCCUCCUCAGUCACAUUGUUCUCGGAUGCAAGUUUGUCUGCUCUGCGGUUAACAAGGCUGGUCUUGCCAAACUUAUUGGACUUGCUGGGGAGACCAAUGUUCAGGGUGAAGAGCAAAAGAAACUUGAUGUGCUUUCAAAUGAAGUUUUUGUGAAGGCUUUGAUCAGUAGUGGCCGAACAAGCAUCCUUGUGUCUGAAGAGGAUGAAGAAGCAACAUUUGUGGAGCCAUUGAAGCGUGGAAAGUACUGUGUUGUUUUUGAUCCAUUGGAUGGAUCCUCUAACAUUGACUGUGGUGUUUCCAUUGGAACUAUAUUUGGAAUUUAUAUGUUGAAACAUGGUGGGGAACCCACUCUUAAUGAUGUGUUGCAACCUGGGAAGAACAUGGUAGCCGCUGGCUAUUGCAUGUAUGGAAGCUCGUGCACGCUUGUGCUGAGCACUGGAAAUGGUGUUAACGGAUUUACCCUUGACCCAUCUCUUGGGGAAUUCAUAUUGACUCAUCCAGACAUUAAGAUUCCAAAGAAAGGAAAGAUCUAUUCGGUAAAUGAAGGAAAUGCCAAGAACUGGGAUACUCCAACAGCAAAGUUUGUGGAAAGAUGCAAGUUCCCUCAUGAUGGUUCAUCACCUAAGUCUCUAAGAUAUAUUGGAAGCAUGGUAGCUGAUGUCCACCGUACAUUACUCUAUGGGGGUGUCUUCUUGUACCCUGCUGAUAAGAAGAGUCUCAGCGGAAAAUUGCGCGUUCUCUAUGAGGUCUUCCCAAUGUCAUUCUUGAUGGAACAAGCAGGGGGUCAGGCUUUUACCGGCAAACAACGGGCACUUGACUUGGUUCCAACAAAAAUACAUGAGCGAUCUCCGAUUUUCCUUGGAAGCUGUGAUGAUAUUGAGGAAAUCAAAGCACUCUAUGCUGCUGAAGAGAAUAAAAAAUAAUUGAAUAAAUUGCUCCCCACUUGCUGCUUCGACACCAUCAACAGUUCUGUUCAUAAAUUAAAAUCAAAAUAAAUCUGUACUGAUAAUGCAGAAUUUACUGAUGGAUAUAUACUGUUAUGGUUCAUAUAAUUUUGAAUGAUUGCAGAUAGUGAAAGUCAGGAAAUUUCAUUGGGGGUUUAUCCUUGAAAA